AUGGGUAGUAGUGGAUUUGAGGUUCAGAACAAGCCAUUACUUUUGGAUGACAAUGAUAUUGAUACUGAACACAGGACUGUGGAAGAGAGGAAGGUUCGGGGAUCGAGAUCGGAGAGGAACAUUAACAGCUCCAAGAUGCUGUCUAGAGAGACUGUUUCGCAAUACUUCUACAUGCCCAUAGCCCAAGCAGCAAAGGAGCUCAACAUUGGCUUGACACACUUCAAGAAGAGGUGUAGGGAGUUGGGCAUCAGUAGGUGGCCACACAGAAAGCUGACGAGCCUUCAAAAUUUAAUCAACAAUGUCCAAGAAAUGGAGACGGAAGAAUUGGGAGAGGGGGCAGAAGGGAAGUUGAGAGAGGCCAUGGAAAUAUUGGAGAGAGAGAGGAAGUUGAUUGAAGAGGUGCCUGAUAUUCAACUUGAGGACAAAAUAAAGAGGCUGAGACAAGCAUGUUUCAAGGCUAACUAUAAGAAGAGGAAGCUGAUGAAGGUUCCAGAGUCUUCUUCUAGCAGCAACCGUGGCGCAGUACUUAGUACACGUGCUAACCAAGUUCAUGGGAAUGGGACUAAGGAUGACGACGACGAGGAUGAUGAAGAGAUUAAGUCUCUUUUGUCUGAUUGUCAUUCCUCUACUGCUAUAAUGUUUUAA